CCGAUCUUUCAGCCACGGCCCUCUUCAUUCCCUUUGCCUCGGACACCUUGACACAGCACCCUUCUUAGCUUUUUUUUCCUUUCCUGUUUUCACUUCACACGUUUGCUAGAGUCGCCGGGCAGGAGACGGACAGGUUCCCAGCAAACAAAAACACACACAACCACCCAUUGGGAACCGACGUAAAACUUACACACCCACCACCACCCGCCUCAUCGUCGCCAGCACAGGACAUCGUCAGUCCGCCCGCUCACCCUCACAAUGGCUUCCACCGCCAUCCCCCGGAAUCCCGUCCUCCGCAGGACCGUCACCUCGGCCACGGCCACCGACUCCGAGUCGUCGGCCGCCGUCUCACCCUCCGACUCCCCCCGCCACUCGGCCUCGUCCACGUCGCUCUCCUCCCUCUCCUCCAUCGACGUCGCCGACCCCAAGCCUGCCUACACGGGUCUCGUCGACACGUACGGCAACGCCUUCACACCCCCGGACUUCACCAUCAAGGAUAUCCGCGAUGCCAUCCCCGCCCACUGCUUCGAGCGCUCCGCCCUGAAGGGCUACGCAUAUAUCCUGCGUGAUAUGGCCUGCAUCGCCACCACCUUCCUCCUCUGCCACAACUUCGUCACCCCCGAGUACAUUCCCUCGAGCCCCGUCCGCGCUCUGCUCUGGGGCCUGUACACGGUCCUCCAGGGCCUCUUCGGCACCGGCCUCUGGGUCAUUGCCCACGAGUGUGGUCACCAGGCCUUCUCGCCCUCCAAGAUUGUCAACGACACCACCGGCUGGGUCCUGCACUCGGCUCUCCUCGUCCCCUACUUCUCCUGGAAGAUCUCUCACGGCAAGCACCACAAGGCCACUGGCAACAUGGAGCGCGACAUGGUCUUCGUGCCCCGCACCCGUGAGCAGCAGGCCUCGCGCCUCGGCAAGAUGGUCCACGAGCUCAGCGAGCUGGCCGAGGACGCCCCCGCCUACACCCUCCUCAUGCUCAUCGGCCAGCAGCUCAUCGGCUGGCCCAACUAUCUCCUGACCAACGUCACCGGCCACAACUACCACGAGCGCCAGCGCGAGGGCCGCGGCAAGGGCAAGCACAACGGCUCCGGCGGCGGCGUCAACCACUUUGACCCGCGAAGCCCCCUCUAUGAGCAAAAGGACGGCAAGCUCAUUCUCCUCAGCGACCUGGGCAUUGCCAUCGCCGCCAGUGUCCUGUACUACCUCGGCAACCGCUUCGGAUGGGCCAAUCUGGCCGUCUGGUACAUGAUCCCGUAUCUCUGGGUCAACCACUGGCUCGUUGCCAUCACCUUUCUCCAGCACACCGACCCGUCUCUGCCCCACUACACUGCCGACGAAUGGAACUUUGUCCGUGGCGCCGCUGCCACGAUUGAUCGCGAGAUGGGCUUCGUCGGUCGCCACCUGCUGCACGGUAUCAUCGAGACGCACGUCCUGCAUCACUAUGUCAGCACCAUUCCCUUUUACAACGCCGACGAGGCGUCGGACGCCAUUCGUCCCGUCAUGGGCAAGCACUACCGGUCCGAUACCAAGGACGGCCCCUGGGGCUUCAUCCGCGCCAUGUGGCGAAGCGCCCGCAUGUGCCAAUGGGUCGAGCCCAGCGAGAAGGCCGAGGGCGCCGGCAAGGGCAUCCUCUUCUUCCGCAACACCAACGGCCUGGGCACCAAGCCCGCCAGCAUGAAGAAGCCCGAGUAAAUUGUUUUGACUUGUUGUUGUUCCCCCGCCGCGCCGUCAAGUUCCGGCGUAAAAAGAUGGAGUCGGCCAUGGGCCGAGCCAAGCCGAGAUUGAGGCGGGCGCCGAGCCGAGCCGUUGACCGCGCGUUUCGGAGCGUCCAGAUGGCCUGGACUGUGUUGGUCGAUGUUCAAGGACUUGGCUGAAUUUUUCUUGCAUCUUUUCUCAAGAGCCGCGGGACGACUGGAAGAGUAAGAGAAUGACAGACGACAGCAAGGCGAGCCGCCCCCACGCACGCGUAUAGAGUGGGCGGCUCUAGACGUGGCGGCGCGAGACGGAUAGACGAGGCAUAGACCGGACUAGAUUCAUCGUAAUGAAACGAAACUCUUGGACACGCAACUCGUGGGCUGGACCGAUAUGUCGAUGCAGUGACGUGAGUCGAGGGUGGUUGAAAAGGAUGAAGGAGCUACGUUACUACGGAGCCGGAAAGCUCGGGGAUGUUGUGCAGAGGCUCUGCACAACCUGCAGCCAGGAAUGCGGGGAAACAGGGGGGGUUGCGAUGAGGCGCAGCCACGCCGAGCCCAAGGCCACGGGUAAGGGGUGUUCUCGAAGCUUUUUUGGAGCAGGGUUUCUUUUCGUUUUGGGUUCGCUUGGCGGUGGGCUGAUAGUAGUUGAUGAUAUAUUCAAUUACUAUUGCGUGUCGGCAAGACUGAUGGGAGCAGGCAUAGGUAUUUUAAGCCGUCUUGGGGCCCGUUACGGGAGGAAGACUCCAGCUGGCACUCACGGCUGAGAAGAAGCUGUGACGACGUAGCUUGAGCCGCUUCCUUUCUGUGUGUGUGGCGCUUUUCGACAAGGGUUAGAUUUUUCUGAAGGUCUCUGCAGGGAAGGGAAAAGAGCUCCAGCUAGAGUAGCGGAGACGGUGAGACGGGGAUGUGAAGAAGUGGUGGUGGUGCGGAGGUUGGGUGAAGUAGCGGGCGCUUUGUUGUGUAACUCGUGACGACGAGAAGGAGGUGGAGGAGGAGGA